AUGGAGAGAUGUUCAAUGACAUCUUCAAGGGUGGUGGAUACGCAAUUGGAGAAUUCAAAAUUAAUGGAUAUGAACAAGAAGUUAUUGGAGAGAGUUUCUGAUUUGGAAUUGAGAUGGAAUCACGUUGCGGAAGAAGACGAACAGGUGAUUAAGGAUGUUGAAAGCACAAUGGAGAAAAAACUUGCUUCUCUUGAAAAAACUGUAAUGAAUCCUCUAGUCUCUACUCUAAAGGAAAGUGAAGCCAAUAACGCCAAGCUCGUUUCCUACUCUCAGAAAUUAAAGAGCGAAAGGAAUGAUUUGAGAAAAAGAGUGUCUCAACUUCUCAGCCAGGUCAAUGUAAAGAAUGAAGAGAAUGAAAAGCUGCACAUGGAGUUAACUCAAAUUCAAAGUAAGCAUGAGGAAUCUAUCCAAAAGUUAAAAUUGCAAUACGAGCAAAAGAUUUUACAACUUAACACAAAAAUUAACGCUGAGAGAAAUGCAUCCUACUCAAAUGGAGGUCAAACAGCGAUUGAUAUGUACAAACGAAAGCUACAAGCGGCAGAACUACAAAUUAGAGAGCUUAAAAAGUCAGUUGGAGGUGGAACUCCGCAAAGAAAGUAG